GGUGGCGGAGGGUUCCUCGACACAAAUUUGGCCCGAUAAUUACGUGGCCUGUGACCGUCGUGGAGGUCACCGCUCAACCCCCGAGGGAGGGUUGCCAACUCUGACUGAAGCUAUUCAGGGGGUGUGGGGUGGGGGGGUUGUUAAUUUAUCUUAUUAAAAUAUCCUGAAUCAAAAUCUCCCCGAUUGCUUUCAGUGGCCGCCGGUGUGAGAUCGAUCGAUCGAUCGAUGCCAGUUCCGCGGAGUAACAGACUCCCGGCCAAUGCUGCCGGGAGGAGAGUUGGCAACCCCCCCACAACCACCACCGCCGCCGCCACCACUCGGCACGCAGCUUGGUGGUGUGCGGUUGUUGAGGCCUUCGCUGACCACCGCAACGCGGUGCCCCAUCCACCCCAUCCCACAGGUUCCGCAGCAUCGCCCAGACGUACUUCCGCAGGGCCGACGGAGUCCUGCUCGUGUUCGACUGCACCCACGAGGGAUCCUUCCUCAACGUGCGAGAAUGGCUCCUCGCCGUGGAGGACGCUGCUGGGCGGAAGCUGCCGACCGUGCUGGUGGGGAACAAAGUGGACAUGCGCGACACGUGCCUCAAGUACGGCAAGAAGUGCGUCAUGCCGGAGGACGGGAAACGCCUGGCCAAGGAAUACAAUGCGAUCUACAUUGAGACGAGUGCAAAGCAGGGCACGAAUGUCCAAGACGCGGUGGAGUUGCUUGCCAAGCAGGUGCUGGCUGCGGACAUCGCGGAGACGAAGGCGAUGACUCUGCAGCUCGGAGGCGACGUCUCCGUCGACGGAGCCAAGGGCCGCUCCGGCUCCUGUUGCACCCCGGCGCCGGCCUCCACGUGAGCCCGUCCUCACCGCACGUGCGCCGAACGCGUGUGUGCGGUGAGGACGUCCUCACCGCACGUCCUCACCACGCACACGCGCGUGGUGAGGACGUCCUUACCACGCACACGCGCGUGGUGAGCACGUGCUCGCCAAACACGCGUCGAACGCGCGUGCCCCGGCGUCUACGAGGGGGCGGUCACGGCACAUGGCACGCGUGCGCCAACUUGUGAACAGACGCAGCAACGCGGGCGAAUCUCCCCACUCCGGCCAUCACGGCAAGGGAGGAGGGGAGGGGUGACACCUGGACAGGAGGCGACUCAAGCCCACGUGACUCACGCUCCCUUCGCAUCGCCCCGUCUGUGGCAUAUCCAACAAACGCGACACAUUCGUCAAUCACGCCGCCAUGCCCCCUCCGCACCCACCAAAAUAAAUAAAUGUCAGGUGACGUUUCGGCCAAUGAUCCUUCUUAAUUUAACUGCCAAGCCAGCGUGUUUCACACACUAUAGUAUUCCUUUUUUUUUUACAAAGUAAGCAAAGAUACGUAUACGAUUUUACGGAGGUCGCGCGUACAUUUAUAUGCCGUUCAUAGUUGUAACAUGGGUGUUAGGCAAAGCAGAAAUGUGUGUAUUUAUGAAAUAGACCAAUAUAACCUCAUUCAGUCUUAACUGAUAAUACAAUUUUAAAAAACAUCACGACCAAAUUGUCGCAAGUCGUCGUCUUCGUCUCUGUUGAUGUUUCUUUUUAAAGCUGUAUUUUCUACAAUAAAUAAUACAUUUCGUUUGUACCAGAUCACCACGUAGGUAUAAUGUCACUUUUCCGCCAUAACCGUGCACCACCCGACAGAGCCAUGUGAUCAUUGCAAGUAUAAGCGCUGCGUACGAUUACUGAAGAAAAAUGUAGCCGGCUCCGUUGGGUGUUGGGAGAGCGGCAUUCUACCUACACGACAAUCUGACGCAAAAGAAACUGAUUACGAAUCGUAAAUGUUGGGUCACGAAAGCCUAUGCGUUAAAAAUAAAAGUGAAAUAUCCCAACUACGCGAGGUUCUCAAGCGCCCAAAGUCCCUCCCCCUCUCCCUGCGGUUGUUCCGAAACCAUCGGCGGCAUUGUACCGGGCUUGCGCGCCGCUUACCACGAUACAAAUGUAAAAGUUUAAAGUAAAAAUAAAGCACAGA